UCUCUCUCAUCUCCCACCCACCGCUUCUCCACAGGGUUUGUCGUCGCAGUAGAGAGAGAAAGGAGGCAGAGCAAGCACGAACAACAGCAGCGGGCAGGCAGACAGGCAGCCACAAAGAGCUGCUGCCAACCCCUGCACAGCCUGUGCUCUGAUAAUUGACUGAUACAAACCCAGCUAUUACCUUUCUUUUUAUUUAAUUUUUAGCAUAUAUAAUCCCACCCAUCCCUAUACUUAUUUCUUGGUUCUUGGCAGCUUUCUGUCUUUUCUAGAUUUCACUGGAUUCCAUAUAGGCCUCCACCACAUUCAUUUGCUUCGAUAGCUACCCAGCCUUUUGCUCCUCUGUUUUCUUGAUCUCUUCUCUUGGCUCCCUGGGCUCUUCCAUGCCCCAAAAGAUCGCAAUCUUGUAGAGUUCUCCUUUGGAUUCUUGUUUCCGUCAGGAGCCAUGGAUGAGAGGAUACCGCCAGCCCCUUUCUUCCAGUAUUCACCAUCUGGUGUCCAUUCUUCCCCUCGCCAGCACAAUCCCAUGAGGUCGUCUGCCUCCGAGAGGGACAGAUAUAUUGCCGAGUUACUUGCUGAGAGACAGAAAUUAGUUCCAUUCUUGCAAGUUCUUCCAUUUUGUAACAGGCUUUUAAACCAAGAAAUUUUGCGGGCAUCUUCUUUGCCACCUAACCCAAAUUUUGUUGAACCUGAGAGAACUGAUUACAGUAGCCCGUUAAGAUUAUCUGGCCACCCUAUGAAUUGCCAACCAAUGGAUCUGGAGGGAUGGACAGGAAUGCAAGCAGAGCACAUGGGGGUACACCAAUCGCCAUCCAUGGGCUGGAAUGCUGUUCCUGGUGUAGUUGGCAGCCCUGUUGUGAAGAAACUUAUCAGGAUAGAUAUUCCUGCAGACAAGUAUCCAAAUUUCAACUUUGUUGGUCGGUUGUUGGGGCCACGAGGAAACUCCCUGAAAAGAGUUGAAGCUACAACACAGUGUAGAGUCUAUAUUCGUGGACGUGGUUCCGUGAAAGAUACUGUUAAGGAAAACAAGCUUAGAGAUAAGCCUGGCUAUGAGCACUUAAAUGAACCACUCCAUUUACUUGUCGAAGCUGAGUUCCCGGCAGGUAUCGUUGAUGCCCGAUUAAACCAAGCUGUGGCCAUACUGGAGGAUCUUCUCAAACCAGUAGAUGAAUCCAUGGACUACUUCAAGAAGCAACAGCUGAGAGAACUGGCAAUACUGAAUGGCACUCUAAGAGAGGAAAGCCCAAGCCCCCAUCUCAGUCCCAGUGUAUCACCCUUCAACUCCACCGGGAUGAAACGUGCGAAAACUGGCCAGUGAUCGUACUCCUGAAUAUCGAUUUGCCUGAGGUGACCUUCAUUUGAACAGAUUGCAAACCUGGUCUACUUCUGGAAAUAGUUCCUGAUGCAUAUGAGGGGCCAGCACGAUCGCGUUCAGGCUUGUCAUGUCAUGAUAUGUGCUUCACCUCAGAUAUGUCAUUGGACGGACGAUCGCCGUCAGAGAAUUUGUGUGGUUGUGGAGUUGGAGCUGUCUGUUUGGUCUUAUUGAUUAUUCUUUUAUGUAGCUAACUCCCAAUGUUAACAUUUUUGGUUCGUGGUGGUCCGCAGAAAGUCUCUCGAUUAGUUCUGGACAAUACCAAUAAGGAUUUUGUCUGUACAAGAAAUAGCUGUUUCAUGUCAAGGGGUUUAUGUUAUUCUUGAUAGUCAUGGUUCUCAAUAAGAUCUAUUUAUAUUGGUAUUUAGCCUCC